AUGGAAAUCAACUUUCAAGGCAAAACGGCACUCGUAACAGGCGCUAGUCAAGGAAUCGGCAGAGAAAUUGUAAAGCAGCUGGUAAAAUGUAAGGCGAAUGUCAUUGCCGUCGCUAGAAAUAAGGAGUUACUAACCUCACUUCAGAAAGAAGUGCCGUCUAUUAAAAUUAUACCGUUGGAUUUGACCGAUUGGGAUGCCACAAAAUGUAUGUUAGAAAAUGUAGGAGACGUAGACUUGUUGGUAAACAAUGCUGGUUUAGCUAUUUUAGGACCUUUGACUGAGGUUAAAGAAGAAGAUGUUGACAGGGUGAUGGCAAUUAACAUCAAAUCGAUGAUCAACGUCUCAAAAGUCGUAGUCAGAAAUCUCAUCGAAAGAAAAGUACCAGGCAGUAUAGUCAACGUGUCGUCCCAAGCUUCCAUGGUAGGUUUGAACAAUCACACUGUAUAUUGCGCCUCGAAAGGUGCGGUAGAUGGUUUCACCAGAGCAGCAGCUUUAGAAUACGGUCCCAAAAACAUCAGAUUCAACGCUGUUAACCCAACUGUCAUUUUAACAGAUAUGGGUAAAUUGGGGUGGUCCGAUCCAGCCGUAGCGAAACCAAUGUUGGAGAAGAUUCCAUUGAGAAGAUUCGGGGAAGUACACGAAGUUGUGGAUGCGGUCACGUUUUUGCUUAGUGAUAAAGCUAGCAUGAUAACUGGAACGUGUUUACCUAUUGAUGGAGGGGUGUUUGCAAUUAACGUCAAAACCGUUAUCAACGUCUCGAAAAUCGUCGUCAGAAACCUCAUCAAACGAAAAGCACCAGGCAGCAUAGUCAAUAUCUCAUCCCAAGCUUCCUUAGUAGGUUUGAACAAUCACACCGUAUACGGCGCCUCAAAGGGCGCAGUGGACAGCUUCACCAGAGCUGCUGCUCUAGAAUACGGUCCGAAAAACAUCAGAUUCAACGCUGUUAAUCCGACUGUCAUUUGGACAGAUAUGGGUAAGUUGGUUUGGUCUGAUCCCGACGUAAUGAAGCCGAUGUUGGAGAAGAUUCCGUUAGGAAGAUUCGGGGAAAUACAAGAAGUUGUCGAUGCGGUAACAUUUUUAAUCAGCGAUAAAGCUAGUAUGAUUACUGGAAUGUGUUUACCAAUUGAUGGAGGAUUUGUUUCGUCAUAAACAAAUAAUUGGCUAUGGUGUAGAAAACUUUAUAUAUUGUAAAAUAAAAAUAUUUAAACUA